GCGAUUCGAUUUUCCCGCGCGCGAAGCUUCGUGGAAGCUCACCUUGCCUUCGUCCCCUAUAAUUCUUCGUCGUCCAUCCCUCACCUUCCUCGCCCCUUCCUCAAUUCUCGAUUUCUAGACGAUCGACGUCGCCAUGAUGAAGCUUGUGCAUUUGUUCGCCUCUUCUUCUUCCUCCUCCUCAGACAAGGAUCACAACAAGGUCAGGAAGAAGAGGAGCGGCGCCAAGAGCUGCUCCUUCGGCUCCACCACGUCGUCGUCCGAUGAGUCGGUCGCCACGCCGAGGUCCGUCCUGCCGCCGUCGGUGGCGUCCUCCUCCGGGACCAAGAAGCCGGCGGCCGUGACGCGGGAGGAGCUGGAGGUGGCCCUGCGGAGCGUCGUGUCGAGCGACGAGGAGCUGGCCGAGAUGCUCGCCGCCGCCGAGGAGUACGAGGACGGCCUCGUGCUGGAGGAGAUAGCGACCGCGGCGCCGGCCGACGAGGGCGAGCUGAAGGAGACGUUCGCGGUGUUCGACGCCGACGGGGACGGGAGGAUCUCCGCAGAGGAGCUCCGCGCCGUGCUCGCCUCGCUGGGCGACGCGCUCUGCUCCGUCGACGACUGCCGCCGCAUGAUCGGCGGCGUGGACACCGACGGCGACGGGUUCGUCUGCUUCGACGAGUUCGCGCGCAUGAUGAUGCAUGGGCGCGCGUGAUGCCGUGAUCAUAUAUAGGUUUUGAUCGAGUUGAUGCGUGCUUGCUGAUCGUCUCUUGUAUCUACGUGUAUGUCUCGCUCGCUGUUCAUCAUCUGUGCACGGUGCACCCAUUUCUUUUGUUCUCUUUGUACGUGCUACAUGGUACGAGUUUCACACGACUAAUGAACAACAGUCAGUUAGGUUC